AAGAAAGAGAAGCGAAAACGACGACGCUCUGGAAAUAAUCUGGAAAGCUUGACUUUAUCCAGGAAGCACUGUCGUCUCGCAUCUUCGUACCAAACACGCUUCGUUUUUAGCUCUCCUCAUUUUUGUUGUUGCAGGAGAGAGAAAAAAUGGCUUUGGCCUUCAGUCAAUGGGUGGUGCAUUUGUCACUUAUCACUCUAAAACCCUAAUUAUGGUAAUGUCCAUUUUACCCCUUUCCCAUUAAUACAUUCUCCCACUCUUCUUCUUACAAAGUUACAAACUACUCGAGCUACAACAAAAUACCAAAACAACAAAAAGAAGCAACAAACCGCUUUCUCUCUCCUUUAACUUUCGAUUCGAUUCUUCCUUCGCCGGCAUUCUCAGUGAUACAGUUGUUUGCACUAUAUGCUUCCAAGGAAGAGAGCGGCUGUUGAAGGUGAGGUAGUUGACGACACAACAACUUCUUCGUCGGCUUUUAAGAAAUCUCGCAUCGGAGGAUCCGGUUCGGCAUCCAAUCACUCGAAUUCCGGCGAUAAGCUUACGGUUGGGAAUAGCGGCAGCGAAGUUACGAUCACCAUGGCCAUGGAAGAUGGUAAUCCGCAGGACAUUGAUGAGGAUCUUCAUAGUAGGCAGCUGGCUGUGUAUGGACGUGAGACUAUGAGACGCCUUUUUGCUUCCAAUGUUCUCGUGUCUGGGAUGCAAGGUCUUGGAGCGGAAAUCGCAAAGAAUCUUGUCCUUGCUGGUGUCAAGUCUGUCACCCUGCAUGAUGAAGGAACGGUGGAUAUAUGGGAUUUAUCCAGCAAUUUUGUAUUCUCAGAAGACGAUGUUGGAAAAAACAGAGCACUUGCUAGUGUGCAAAAGUUGCAAGAACUGAAUAAUGCAGUGCUUGUUUCGGCUUUGACAACUGCACUGAGAAAGGAACAACUUUCCGACUUUCAGGCUGUUGUAUUUACUGAUAUCAGUUUGGACAAAGCUAGCGAGUUCAAUGAUUACUGCCACAGUCAUCAGCCUUCCAUUGCUUUCAUUAAAGCUGAAGUCAGGGGCCUUUUUGGCAGUGUGUUUUGCGACUUUGGGCCUGAGUUUACUGUUGUUGAUGUGGAUGGUGAGGAACCACACACCGGUAUCAUUGCUUCAAUCAGCAAUGACAACCCUGCACUUGUAUCAUGUGUGGACGAUGAAAGACUAGAGUUUCAGGAUGGUGAUCUUGUUGUGUUCUCAGAAGUUAAAGGGAUGCCAGAAUUAAGUGACGGAAAGCCAAGGAAGAUUAAAUGUGCUAGGCCCUAUUCAUUCUCUCUUGAGGAGGACACCACAAAUUAUGGUGUUUACCAAAAAGGUGGGAUUGUGACACAAGUCAAACAAUCAAAGGUUCUGCAUUUUAAGCCUUUGAGAGAAGCACUUAGUGAUCCUGGUGACUUUCUCUUGAGUGAUUUUUCAAAAUUUGACCGCCCACCUUUGCUGCAUUUGGCAUUCCAAGCAUUAGACAAGUUUGUGUGUGAGCUAGGACGUUUUCCAAGUCCUGGUUCUGAAGAAGAUGCACAGAAGUUGAUAUCCGUGGCUAAUAAAAUGAAUGAGGGAUUAGGUGAUGGCAGGCUAGAAGACAUCAACCCUAAACUCCUGCGCCACUUUGCUUUUGGGGCUAGGGCUGUACUGAACCCUAUGGCUGCUAUGUUUGGUGGCAUUGUUGGACAGGAAGUUAUGAAAGCUUGCUCUGGAAAGUUCCAUCCACUUUUUCAGUUCUUCUAUUUUGAUUCAGUCGAGUCACUUCCCACUGAGCCCCUGGAACCUUCUGAUUUUGCUCCAAGAAAUAGUCGCUAUGAUGGUCAAAUUUCGGUUUUUGGAUGGAAACUCCAGAAGAAGCUAGAAGAUGCUAAAAUAUUCGUUGUUGGAUCUGGUGCUCUCGGGUGUGAGUUCUUGAAGAAUUUGGCUUUGAUGGGAGUUUCUUGCGGUAGCCAAGGGAAGCUAACAGUUACUGAUGAUGAUGUGAUUGAGAAAAGCAAUCUCAGUAGGCAGUUUUUGUUCCGUGAUUGGAACAUUGGACAGGCCAAGUCCACUGUUGCUGCUGCUGCUGCCACAUCAAUCAAUCCACAGUUCCAUGUUGAAGCCUUGCAGAAUCGUGUUGGCUCUGAAACUGAAAAUGUGUUUGAUGACACGUUUUGGGAAAAUCUAAGCGUUGUAGUCAAUGCACUGGACAAUGUGAAUGCCAGGCUGUAUGUUGAUCAGCGAUGCUUGUAUUUCCAGAAGCCACUCCUUGAAUCGGGUACUUUGGGUGCCAAAUGCAAUACACAGAUGGUGAUUCCUCAUCUUACUGAAAAUUAUGGGGCUUCACGAGAUCCGCCUGAGAAGCAGGCACCUAUGUGCACCGUGCACUCAUUUCCCCACAACAUUGACCAUUGUCUGACCUGGGCCCGCUCUGAAUUUGAGGGUUUACUUGAGAAAACUCCAGCUGAAGUGAAUGCAUAUCUUUCAAAUCCUAGUGAGUACACUUCAUCUAUGAGGAAUGCUGGGGAUGCUCAGGCAAGGGAUACUUUGGAACGUGUUCUUGAAUGCCUGGAAAGGGAAAGAUGCAAGACUUUUGAGGAUUGUGUGGCUUGGGCUAGGCUUAAGUUUGAAGACUACUAUGCCAACCGUGUGAAGCAACUGACAUAUACCUUCCCUGAAGAUGCAGGAACCAGUACUGGAGCUCCAUUCUGGUCUGCCCCAAAGAGAUUUCCUCGUCCCCUGCAAUUAUCCUCUUCUGAUCCUUCACAUCUUCAUUAUAUCAUGUCUGCAUCAAUAUUACGAGCUGAAACAUUUGGGAUCCCUAUUCCUGAUUGGGCUACACAUCCUAAGAAGUUGGCCGAGGCUGUUGAUAAAGUUAUGGUCCCCGAGUUUCAGCCUAAAAAAGAUGCUAAGAUUGUGACUGAUGAUAAGGCCACCAGUCUUUCCUCUUCAUCUAUAGACGAUGGAGAUGUCAUCGAUGAACUUAUCAGUAAGUUGGAGCACACCCGUCACGAUUUAUUGCCAGAUUUCAGGAUGAAGCCAAUCCAGUUUGAGAAGGAUGAUGAUACGAACUACCAUAUGGACCUGAUAGCUGCUCUAGCAAAUAUGAGGGCAAGAAACUACAGCAUUCCUGAAGUGGACAAAUUGAAGGCCAAGUUUAUUGCCGGGAGGAUUAUUCCUGCAAUUGCAACCUCAACUGCUAUGGCCACUGGUUUGGUGUGCCUGGAGCUGUACAAGGCUUUGGAUGGAGGGCAUAAGACAGAGGACUACCGAAAUACAUUUGCUAAUCUGGCACUGCCUCUCUUUUCAAUAGCUGAACCAGUCCCACCAAAGGUGUUCAAGCACCGUGACAUGAGCUGGACUGUUUGGGACCGAUGGGUCUUGAAGGGCAACCCUACCCUCAAGGAACUUAUACAGUGGCUUAAGAACAAGGGUCUGAACGCUUACAGCAUUUCUUGUGGAAGUUGCUUGCUUUUCAAUAGCAUGUUCCCUCGCCAUAAAGAAAGGAUGGACAAGAAGGUUGUGGAUCUUGCCACAGAAGUUGCAAAGAUAGAAAUUCCUUCUUAUCGCCGCCACUUGGAUGUUGUCGUAGCAUGUGAGGAUGAUGAUGACAAUGAUGUUGACAUCCCUUUGGUCUCUGUCUACUUCAGAUAAGCUUUGAUAUGAUUACAAAUAUUGACUUCCCCAUCAUCAAUGUAUACUUCCCAGAGGCUAUAAUCUUUGCUUUGUACCUCGUGCCCUGUAAUCUGUAUGAGGUUUUGAGCACAAUUCUUGAUUUGGAGAGGAGAGGAGAGUUUCUUCUGUAGUGUGUAUGUACGGAUAUUUGUUCAUGCACAUCCACAUGUUAUAUAGACCCUAACUUCAGUUACAGGAAUUUAUGAGCAUCCUUUCUGAAUUGCCAUUGUUUGUGCAUAAUGUUCAGGCAAAGGCUUCAUAAGACCAAAGUAGUAUUUUACUUGAUUUAGGGUCACUUCUCUUUUAUGGAAUCUCAAUGUCUUGCAAUAAAGAGAGUGGUAUGGUCUCAUUCAAGA